AGGAACAAUGACGUGAAAGAGCAGGCGAUAGUUAUUUGCUUAGUUUCAUAACAAAUGCCUCUCUAAGUCGGAAUACGUUUGUACACAGGUGCUUCCGGAAGCCUGCCCCAACCAGCAAGUGAUGGUUCAUCUAGUUAGUGCGAUCCGCGUAAUGCCUAUUGACACCUUAGUACAUACUGUGCAUCAAGUAGUGAAGACACCACCGCCGAUACACGGUAUCAAACAAGACUUCUCGUUGGAAGUCUCGGUGCUAGAACUACUUUACGUGUACAUGCAAAGUAACACGUCACAGUCGCUCAUCGAGUCUUGGGCGUCCUUGCUCAGUCUGCUGAAGGACGGCCUAUCGUUAACUGCGCCUGCGCAAUUCCUCUUGCUGGCUAUAUUGAACGAGUAUGUACAAAAGUGUCCGCCGAUGCAGGAAAAAAAAGACAUCAAGGAUCUGCAAGACGUAUCUGCGAAGCUGAUCGAGUCGUGCUCGCAAAUAGCCGGCGCGUGUUUGGAGCAAACGACGUGGUUGAGAAGGAACCUUGCCGUCCGAGAAGACGUUUUCGAAGUGGUGGAAGGCUCCUCGGAAGGUAAAGAAGGAAAGAAUGGUGCUGUGACACCCGGAACCCCGCCCAACGCGGCGUACAGCGUUCAGGCUCAAGCGGUAUUAGCGGAAAUACUCGCGCCACUGUUGGACGUUAGUUACGGCUCGCAGGAGAAAGAACGCGUGGUUACGCUGCUGACGAAUCUCAUGUACAACGUCACGCCUUACUUGAAAAAUCACACGAUAAAGAACAUCGCCUCGUUUACCGCUUGCUCUCAACUAUUGGCUUCCUUGUCGGGGUACCAAUACACGCGGAAAGCAUGGCGCAAGGACGUCUUGGACCUGUUGCUCGAUCCGGCCUUCUUCCAGAUGACACCGGCGUGCUUGCCGUACUGGAGAACUAUAAUAGACAAUCUGAUGACGCACGACAAUACCACCUUUAGAGAUUUAAUGAAUCGCGUCUCCAUGGCUCAAGGCAGCGGGAUCAGUAUAUUCUCGUCGAAGGAGCAGGAAUACGAACAAAAGGCGCAGCUGCUGAAACGUUUGGCGUUCGUUAUUCUCUGCAGCGAGACGGAUCAGUAUCACAAGUACAUGCCGGAGAUACAAGAACGUUUAGCAGAUAGUUUACGCCUACCCCAAGUAAUCCCGUCUAUCCAGGCGCAAGUGUUUCUAUGUUUUCGCGUAUUGCUAUUGAGAAUGUCACCGCAACACGCGACGUCCUUAUGGCCGGUCAUAGUUAGCGAGCUUGUUCAAGUUUUCCUCUACAUUGAGCAAGAAUUGAGUACAGACAGCGAAGAGUUCAGCAGUCGUCAUAGCAGCUCGCACAUCAAACUUCUGUCGGCCCUGGACUCCUCGUGGGCCGUUAACGCCAGCAAUGGGCUGCAAGCGCACGGACAUCCCCACUGGCUACAGUUGCAACUGGCCGCGGCUAAGCUGCUAGACCUGGCGUUGCUGUUGCCCGCGCAUAGAUUACCGCAAUUUCAGAUGUACAAAUGGGCGUUCGUCGGAGACGCGGCGGCUGGGUGCACGGACAACAAUAACCUAUCGUCGGACUUUGUACCGCACAUUACGCGAAUCGCGAAAUUAAUGGACAGUAAGUACAAACCGGAAGGCCCAUCGCCGAAGAGGAAUCCAGGGGAGCUUCUGUUAACGUCCAACAAUGUCCGUUCCCUGCAGGACUUGCACCAUUUCUUCUCGAGCCUUAGUCGCGCCACGUGCGACACGCACGUGCCAGUAAAUAACACACAAUUGGAGACUGUGAUCGAGCAGGACUUCCUUGAAAAAAUGCCAGCUGUGCCAGCGAGAUAGUAGGGGUGAAGGGAGAAGGUAGAUAGUUAAUACCCCUUUGUUAACCGGCAAGUGUAAGAGAGAAAGAGAGAGAAGGAGAGAGAAGGAAAGAUAUACCGUGAUAAGACACCUUACCCUUUGAUAUAUUUGUAAGAAAAUGUAUAUAGAGAGAGGGUGUUUCACUUUCACCGCGCCCAAGCGUCGAUACGUAUUCACUAUGUCGCGUAAGUGUGAUAAUGUGCGAACACUCGGGGGCCUUCUUCUGGACACAGGGCGAACGCCGAAUAUGCCUUUCUAAUUCUAAGUUCCGCUUUUCUUACAUAGACAUGUCACGUGUUGUUUCAGCUCUGUAGAGUCAGAAAGGCGUAUUUAGCGUUCCGCAAUGCAUCCGGCCACGGGAAACGACACGAGAUCCGCGCUCCCGAUUAUUACCGUCAGAAAAUACACGUCCAUCAGAAGAAACAAUACUUUCUUAGUCCGAGUAGAUGAGAGGAGGUGCGAUGAAUUUGGAACACCCUGCGCUCGGAUAAGUGUCAAUCUCUCGAGGCGGAGUGAAGAGUUCGAUAGAACGCGCGAGAACCGUUAUUAGUUCUAUUGCGGAUAGAAUCGUUGUAGAUAGAUAAUAAUGCGACAUUUCUUUCGCGCAGUCGUUCUUGAACAAGGAGAUCCGGAGCGUGUAGAAUAAUAAAUCGAGCUUUUUGUUACUGGUUUUUUAUUGAUUAAGCUUUCGACUCGUCUCCUCAUUCGGUUGUGAAUAGUUAUCAGCGUGUAUGAUACGGCAAGCUAAGCUCGCUCGCGUUGACCUGCUAACUGUAAGGUUGUACAGUACGUGGUGUGUACAGUGUAACAUAAUAUUUAAUAACGGAUAAAAGGUCUUCCCGCGCUAUUCUCUCGACAUACGCACACGUCGUUCAUGUUUUUUUUUUUUUUUUUUUUUCUGUCUC